CCGCCUGGUUUUUCGGAGGCACUGAGGAAGCGCACAGCUGGAUACAUAAGCAGAGGCUGCAUUGUUAAUCGGCUCUUGAAAGACAAGACUGUCAAAAUCAGUAAUAUUCGCAUGCAUGGCAGAGGGAAAACCUGCUUCAGCCUGACCAUGUGCCUGGGUCACAGCUGAGGGAAGAGCAGAGUGAGGAGCUGGACCCCUGGGGCUUUUUAUUGAGCCCUACCUAUGAAGAGAUACUACUAAAUUUCGACAGUACAUGGCAGGCUUUUUGGCUCCUCCAUACGGCGUUCUUGAGACCGGCUCUAAUGACAGGACAUCUGACAAAGAAAACAUGAAUAGUGGCAUGUGCUCGGGAUCGAAAAACUGCAGCAAGACCCCCCUCAUUGAAAAUCAAAACACGCUUCGUCCAGUUAAAACCAUUACAGAGGUAAUGGGAUGCCGGGAAGUGGCUAAGGUUCCUUCUGAGCGGAUCCUGAGGGCUGGGAAGAGUUUACGCAAUGCAAUCCUUUGUCGUGCACCGCACAUGAUCAGAGAUCGCAAAUACCAUCUGAAAACAUACAGGCAGUGCUGUGUAGGAACUGAGCUGGUGGACUGGCUUAUGCAGCAAAGCUCAUGCGUUCACUCCCGGACACAAGCAGUCGGCAUGUGGCAGGUCGUACUGGAGGAGGGAGUCCUUAACCACGUUGACCAGGAAUACUACUUCCAAGAUAAAUACCUGUUUUAUCGGUUUCUUGAUGAUGAACAUGAAGAUUUGCCUAUGCCGACAGAUGAGGAGAAAAGGGAAAGUGAGGAAGACCUCCAGGAUACCCUUCUUCUAUUGUCCCAAACAGGACCUGAUGCACACAUGAGAAUGAUUCUCAGAAAACCGCCUGGCCAGCGGACGGCAGAUGACCUAGAAAUUAUUUUUGAAGAACUUAUUCACAUUAAAGCCUUAUCUCAUCUCUCCACAACGGUUAAACGGGAGCUGGCAGGAUUUUUAAUCUUCGAAUCUCACCCAAAGGCGGGAACAGUGUUGUUUAAUCAAGGAGAAGAGGGGACGUCCUGGUACAUCAUCUUAAAAGGAUCUGUAAAUGUGGUCAUCUAUGGGAAGGGUGUGGUUUGUACCCUGCACGAAGGAGACGACUUUGGAAAGUUGGCCUUAGUAAACGAUGCUCCCCGAGCAGCUUCAAUUGUCCUGCGAGAAGACAACUGCCACUUCCUAAGGGUGGACAAAGAAGAUUUCAACAGAAUUCUGCGUGAUGUUGAAGCAAAUACAGUGAGGCUGAAGGAACAUGACCAGGAUGUCUUGGUGUUGGAGAAGAUUCCAUCUGGCCAACAAGCGUCGGCUCAAGUAAACACCCAGUCACCAUACAAGUACACUGUGAUGUCCGGGAAUCCGGAGAAAAUUUUGGAACACUUCUUAGAAACGAUGCGACUGGAGCCUAGCAAUGAAUCAAUAGGUCUAUGCUCCAUGAUCAGCUCUGAUCCAUGUACACACAGACGGGAUUCUGCUUUAGAUGACUUCAUUUUGAUGCACUGUGUCAUCAUGCCCAAUUGUCAGCUCUGCCCGGCCUUGAUGUCUCAUUACCAUUCCCAACCUUCCCAAGGGACGGAGCAGGAGAAGAUGGAUUAUGCCAUCAAUAACAAACGUAGGGUGAUACGAUUGAUACAACUUUGGGCCAGCCUGUACGGAGACUUUUUUCGGGAGGAUGAGGUCGCAAUGGCUUUCCUAGAGGAAUUUUACAUGUCUGUAUCAGAUGACACGAGAACGAUCGCUGCUCUGAAGGAUCAACUUCCUGAGCUUGAGAGAAUAGUAAAGCAAUUAUCUGAUGACGGCAAAGGACAAAAAAAGCAUAAAGUGCUUUUACGGCAGUUCAGCACCGGGGAUGAGAGAUUGCAGAAGCGUCAGCCAAUAAGAAGCACAGAUGAGCUUCUUUUCAAGGUGUACUGCAUUGACCACACGUACACCACCAUCCGUGUACAAGUGUCGGCCUCGGUGAAGGAGGUGCUGUCUGCUGUAGCAGAUAAACUGGGCUCCGGAGAAUCCUUGAUACUUGUGAAGAUCAGUUCUGCAGGAGAAAAAGUUGUUCUGAAGCCAAAUGAAGUAUCUGUCUUUACAACUCUCACUGUGAAUGGGCGGCUCUUUGCUUGCUGUCGAGAUCAGUUUGAUUCGCUGACACCACUUACAGAACAGGAAGGACCAUCUACCGGUACUAUGUCAACAUUUGAACUUAUGAGUUCAAAGGAUUUAGCUUACCAGAUGACGAUCCAUGACUGGGACCUCUUCAACUGCGUUCACGAGCUGGAGCUGAUCUAUCACACCUUCGGAAGGCAGAAUUUUAAAAAGACAACAGCCAAUUUGGACCUCUUCCUGAGACGUUUCAAUGAAAUCCAAUUCUGGGUUGUGACCGAAAUUUGCCUGUGCCCUCAGCUCAGCAAGCGCGUACAACUCCUGAAGAAAUUUAUUAAAAUUGCUGCCCAUUGCAAGGAGUACAAAAAUCUAAACUCUUUCUUCGCCAUUGUCAUGGGACUGAGUAACGUGGCAGUGAGCCGACUGUCAUUAACAUGGGAGAAACUUCCAAGCAAAUUCAGGAAGAUCUAUGCAGAAUUUGAAAAUUUAAUGGACCCAUCUCGCAAUCACCGAGCAUAUAGGCUGACCAUAGCAAAGCUGGAACCGCCAAUCAUUCCUUUCACACCUUUACUCAUUAAAGACAUGACUUUUACCCAUGAGGGGAAUAAAACUUUUAUUGACCAUCUGAUAAACUUUGAGAAAAUGCGCAUGAUUGCAAAUACAGUAAGGACAAUGAGAUACUGUCGGAGCGUGCCCUUUAGUCCAGAGGCGUCACUUGUUAGUAAAAAUCACCAGGACAUACGGAAUUAUGUGCGGCAGUUCAACGUGAUUGACAAUCAGAGGACGCUAUCUCAAAUGUCACAUCGGCUGGAGCCACGGCGCACUUGAGCAGGGAAAGAAAAAUGAUCAGUGAUCUUGUUGAUGGCAUUUACUGUGGCAAAUAUAGGGAUUUUCUAUUCUUUCUUAUGGUUAUUUAUUUUGGUUUUAUAAAUUUAUUUUGCGUCACAGGUUAACAAUAUGAGAUAUGUACAUAAUGUAAAUUCUUAAUGUAGUUCUGAAAUACAGGCACCAAUCAACUACGUUGGAUGUUAUGCAGUUGCUGUACUUGGGAUUGUGUGAUGUAAAAUGAUACCUUUAUGGCAGCUAUAGGGUUGUAAAUCUAUACCUCAGUUAUCAGGCUAGAGGAUAUCCAGUGGAAUUCAUUUCACAUUGGAGUAUGAGUAUAAAUAGUGUCACAAAAUGUUGGUUGUUUCUGGAAUGUGCCUCGUGUAAGAUCAUAUUUCAACCACACCUAAGGGUGCCUUCACACGUGACGGAAAACUCCGCCAGAAAAUCUGCAAACUCAAGACUUCCCCCGUGUUAUCCUAUGGGGAUGAAAACUGUCUACCCCUGCGUUGUAUUGCGCAGCGCAAAUUAUGUUAUGUUUUGGAUUUCCUGUAUGAUCAUGUCUCCAUU